GUUGUGUUUUUGUUUUAAUCUCUCUAAUCUUUAUUGCAUUUUAUUGGUCGGCUGUGGAGACUAUGUGUGCGAGUUGGCGUUCUUGGUGGAGAAUCUUCGACGAAAUAUUUGCAUACAUACAGACACACACAAACAUAUACAUGUUUUUUCGUAAAUGUGUGUCUUCGCUGUAGAGCGUCUGAAUGACAACUGAGAGUGAAAGACAACAGCAGAUUUUUUCUAUUGCCAAUGAUAAAGCUGCCAACAACUAUAAUAACAACAACAAAUUUUCUUAUGACAUGGCGAUCGGAAAUUUUGUCAUCGUUGAGCUCAUCGCUCCGCUAAGGUACUACUACAGUUGGCAGCGCAAAACAGAGCAGAUCAGAUGAGAUCGUCAGGGCCACUUUGUCGUUUAGUUGCUGCUUAUUGUCGAUUCAGUUUAAAAAGCUACGUGAAAGAGCUUCGAAAGAGGCUGCGGAUGCGCCGGUGACGAUCGGUCUUUAGUACUACAAGAGCAGUGUCUUGUGAAUUUUUUAGCGUAACGGAAUUUGUUACAAGUAGAAUCUAUUGUGUAAUUGUUUUUAUUUUUAAUUGUUGUGCCUACAUACUUACAUACAUACAUAUGUAUAUGUAAAAAGUUAACAAGUAAAUGAGAAUAACAGUAUUAUUUUGACAGCAAUAAGUGUUUUAUUAAUUUAAAUAAUAUAUAUACGCACAUACAUCUAUAUAUUAUAUAAACAAUUUUAUAAAAGACCGUUAGAGGCUGGAUAUAGAGAACAGCUGUUCAAGAAACGAAAAUGAUUCGCUGCACCAGGAAGCGCUUGAAAGUCACGUUAUUCGUAUUUAAUGCGAUAUGUGCUAUCAUGGGUGUAACUCUAAUGUGGUUUGGAGCUUGGCUACAUAGUAAUAUUGGAGAAAUUGAUGUGGAUAAUAGUGAAACCCUUGUUGCCAUAGUAAUUGUACUACUGGGAGCAGUGUUACUGGUGAUGGCGGUCUUUGGCUGUGCUGCAACUUAUAUGGAGUCUAAAAGCAUGUUGAUAAGUUAUGCUGUUAUUUUAGUCAUUUUGCUGGUUAUACAAAUAUUUCUCGUGAGCAUCAGCUACACGGCAACUAGUGGCAGCCUUUCAAGUGGUCUACAGCGCGGUUUCGAUGAACUCUGGGAUAAGCGAAAUACGAAUAAAAAUACAACAUUGUCUUUUUAUGAAGAGUGGCUCCAGUGCUGCGGCAAGAGCAGCGCCAAUGACUAUUUUCUCAUGGACAAAGUUCCGCCGCCCAGCUGUUGUCGCUACCAGGACUGUACGAAUGUUCUAAAUCUCUAUGUGGAUGGUUGUGAGAAGAAAUUCGGCGAAUAUUUGACUGAGAAGACGAGCAGCUUUAACACUAUUAGCUGGUGUUUGAUUAUUACGGAGUUAAUUGGCUCCGUCUUUGCUUGCAUUUUGCUUGAUAGCAUCCGAAAUUAUCGCGAUCGCAUUCGUUUCUACAACUGAGGAGGGUGCGGAGAGUUAAAUACAAAAUGCAAAUACCUCGUUCCUUUGCACUACAUAGUAUUGUUACACACACAUAUAUACAUAUGUUGAAUUGAUAUAUUAUUAAUAUAAAUUAGGAGAAAUAUUGUAAAUUAUUAGUCAAUUAUUAUUAUUCAAGCUAAACCUAGACCUAAAAAAAUUUAGUUACAUUCUUAUAUAAUUUUUAUAAAAAAAUAUAUUGUUGUUUAAUUGUAAGUAACACAAUUUAUGGUAACCUUGAAGUAAAAUAAACUCGAAUGCAAAAAAUUUUUAUUUAUGAA